CCAAAUAUUUACAUGUUUGUUGUUUUUAUUUUAGUCUUCCUUAUUUAUGAAGAAAUGACAAUUCGAGAUCUAUGAACAAUUGAGUUUAAUUAAAUAAAUAUAUUUUUCAUUCAUCACUUUAAAAAUAAGAUAGUUUUUGUUUAAUUUUCGUAGUAAACUAUGGAUGAAGUAGUAAGUGGUGUUUUUCGUCAAUUAUCUCCUACAAAUUUUUCUUUAGGAUCAAUGCAUUGGGUUCAUGUAACCCAUAUAAAUGAUCCGCAUAACUUUUACGUACGAUUGACGUAUUUAAGUGAAUUUUUAACUGAGAAGAUUUGUACUAAUCUAGCCGGCCGCGGCGCACUAAAGAAGCCUGAUAAUAUAUAUCAGGGAGACGUAGUUGUGUACAAAAAUACUAAAAGGCAAUGUGAACAGUAUAUAAGGGGUAAAAUAAUUGGUAUCGUUGAACAAGAAGAUACUUGUUUGUACGACAUAUUUGCAGUAGACUAUGGUUUUAUUGACAGUAAAGUAAAAUCGAAAAAUAUAUGGACAAGCAGUAAUAUUUGCUUGCAAGUACCACCAUUAUCUAUGUGCUGUGAGUUGGAACACUGUCAACCUGUAAAAGACAGUGCAUGGACGAACAAAACUAUUGAAGCCAUGAAGUCAUGUGUGGGCAGGGAACGAGCAAAGAUAAUUAUCAAAGGAAAAAAUAACAACAAGCUGACUGUAGAACUGAUUAAUACAUACCCUGAUGACAUAGCAACAAUGCUUGCAAUAACUGGCUUCUCCACAUUUGGAUAUGUCAAACCAGCUGCAGCUGUUAGCAGACUUGGGCAUCCUACACCAAAGAAAAUAUAUUAUUCCCAAAAGAAUCUGAAGAUUGAUGAUAAACUUCAUGUAAGAGUUCAAUUUGGGAAAACUUUACAAGAAUUUUUUGUUGCCGAAAAGUGUGAUUAUGCAAAAUAUUUAAAACAUAAAGAAGAAAUAUCAAGAAAUGCUAAACUUUCGAAAGCUUUAAUAAGUGAAGAGUUAACAGAAAAUAUGCCGGUUCUGGUCACACUGGACCAUGUGAAUUAUGAAAGAGGAUUAAUUAAGAAAGUUACCAUUCCAGAAUCAAAAGCACUGAUUGACUUUGUAGAUUUAGGAAAAUCAAUGGAAUUGUCAAUUUUGAAAUUAAAACAAAUCUCGGAGAGACUUCUAUAUCCUCCGAUAAGCAUGCGUUGUUGUACCAUUGAAAAUCAAAUUUGGCUUAAUCAAUUACAUAAACUUUUACAUCUCGGUAAUGAAUUUUAUGUUACAUUAAAAAAACUUGGCAAUGAAUUAGAACCUCAUGUUGUCCUUAUAUCACAACAUUGAUAAGCUUUAUUUACAGCAGCUUUAAAGAUGUUAAUAACUAUAUUAAGAAUUUUAUUAUAAAAAAUUUGCAAUGUAUUCAUUCAGUAUUAAUGUGACAAAAUAUGUAUGUACCUAAUUAAAAAAUUUAUCCUAAA